UAUAGCUCUCUUAAACAACCUAAACGAACUUCAUAUCUGACAGACCAUGGCUGAUGAUGCUGCAGUAGAGGAUUAUCCCACUGAAAUCGAAGACAACCUGAAUGAUUUCGACUCUUCUUUGAGCUCUGUCCAGAAUAUGGUCCAGACACUGGUGUCUGUAUCCAGAAGUGACCGUCUGCUUAAAUUGGAUCCUCUUGAACAAGCUAAACUGGAUCUGAUGUCGGCAUACGCCCUCAACUCAAUGUUCUGGAUGUAUCUUGUGACACAAGGAGUCAAUCCGAAAGACCAUCCAAUCAAACAAGAACUGGAAAGAAUCAGGACAUACAUGAAUAAAGUCAAAGAGAUCACGGACAGAAGAAAAGCUGCACAUAUAGACAAAGAAGCAGCGUCGCGGUUUGUGAGGAAUGCUCUGUGGGAUGCAGAUGACAAGAAAAGAAAGGACAAAACUGACCACCAACAAAAAGGAAAACACACAAAGUUUACUUGGAGUUGACUUAAAAUAUUUCACAGACUUUGGGAUGAAGCACAAGCAAUCUCUGAAGUGACACUCAUAAUUCCAUAAGAGGCAUGUUGUUGUUUUUUACCCUUUGUAUGUUUAUGGUGCAGAGUUAUUCAUAUUAUUUUCAAAAUGUAAUCAUUUCAAACAAAAAAAAACCUUUACAAGUUUGAGAUUUAUAUUUGGUUUAAAUCUUUUUUUAUUGUUUUAUUUUUUCCAGUUGCAUUGAAAGAGAAUGUCUUUCAUAGUCUUCAGAUUAUUUGACUUUUUUGGGGUUACUUAAUGUGAAAUGAAGAUGAUUCAUAAUGCCAGUCCCAUUAAAUCUUCUAAAUCCUC